AUCCAUAGGCAUCGUACCAAAGACAGUAGUUUAGAAACUCUGUGCUAGUACAAUACAAUAGCGAAGCGCGCAUCGAGCUCCUCCUGUCCUGGUGACAGCUGAUCAGAUGGGGGAUAGCUGACACUACGGAAUUAGCUAGCUAUCAGUACAGCCGUCAACGAAAUUAAACAAAGGGGUUUGAGGGCGUAUACUCGAUUGAAUCAAGAAAGAGUGGAUUAAAUGUGAACGUUAACUAGCUUGUUCUAGUUUGCCAGCUCGCGCUAGCAAGGUCCCUUUUUUUUAUGGCUAGCUAACUAGCAAGGUAGGCUACACGUUAGCUAGCUAACCUAACAUAAACGCUUUUUUCGUGAAGCUUUUCAGAGGCCUGUUCAUCCUGACAAUUUAUUGUUAUAGUUAACUAACGUUAGCUAACCGAGGACACUACUAGCGCAUUUGCUAGGUUAGAGUUUGGGAAGUGCACGUGGACUUCCAUCCAGUAGGAUGGUUUUUGCUCACUGUAGCACUGCUGAUCUGUGCUACUCCCUCCUAGCUAUCUGCCAUCCAUCAGCAGUAGCACCAUGACUGACGUCCCCACCCGGAUCAUCAUGAGACGCCUCCACCAGUGAUCCAAAUGAUAUGAUAGUAGCUAGCUGGAUUGGAUUCUGUGCCAGCAGGAGCCUUGCGCAGGUUCUGCUGCUCUCUUUGGAGCAGUUAUCACUACAGUUUUGGGAAAGCCUCGGGACAACCGGAACUAUGGGAAACAGCUGCGUUUGUAGAGAAGAAAGUGAUGUGGAGGAUGGAUCGGCAGCUCGCAGGCAACUCAGACGAGUUGAUCACCCCACUGGCGAUCCCCCUGAGGCGCGAAGCAGUCGGCCCCGGGACCCUGUCAGACCCCCGCGGCGUGGGCGGGGACCCCAUGAACCCCGCCGGAAGAAACUAAACGUGGAUGGGCUGGUGCUGGACACACUAGCUGUGAUCAGGACUCUAGUUGACAACGACCAAGAGCCCCCCUACUCCAUGAUCACGCUGCAUGAGAUGGCAGAAACGGAUGACGGCUGGUUGGAGGUGGUCCAGUCUCUGAUCCGGGUGAUACCGCUGGACGACCCACUGGGACCAGCUGUGAUUACCCUGCUGCUUGACGAGUGCCCACUGCCCACCAAAGAUGCUCUACAGAAGCUGUCCGAGAUGCUGAGCCUGAGUGCCACUGUGGCCCGCCAGGAUGCCGUCAUCCCUUCUAAGCACCGCAACACUACAGCUGUACUGGGCUGCCUGGCUGAGAAACUGGCUGGUCCAGCCAGCAUUGGACUCCUGAGCCCUGGAACCCUGGGGUACCUGCUGGAGAGCCUGAGUUCUGAGGCCCAUCCUACUGUAAUGCUCUUUGCUCUCAUAGCCUUGGAGAAGUUCUCUCAGACCAGUGAGAACAAGCUAACAGUGUCUGAGUCGUGUAUAAGUGACCGGCUGGGGAUUCUGGAAUUGUGGGCUGACCACACAGACUACCUGAAGCGCCAGGUCGGCUUCUGUUCCCAAUGGAGCCUGGAUAACCUCUUCCUGAAAGAUGGCCGUCAGUUCACCUAUGAGAAGGUGAACUUGAGCAACAUCAACGCCAUGCUGAACAGCAACGACGUCAGCGAGUAUCUCAAGAUCUCUCCCAGUGGACUGGAGGCACGCUGCGACGCGUCCUCCUUUGAGAGUGUCCGCUGUACCUUCUGUGUGGACUCAGGCGUGUGGUACUAUGAGGUCACAGUGGUCACCUCAGGGGUCAUGCAGAUUGGCUGGGCCACCAAGGACAGCAAGUUCCUUAACCAUGAGGGCUAUGGGAUAGGAGAUGAUGAAUACUCGUGUGCAUAUGAUGGCUGCAGGCAGCUAAUCUGGUACAACGCUCGCAGUAAACCACACUCCCACCCCUGCUGGAAAGAGGGAGAUGCCAUAGGUUUCCUACUGGACCUCAGUAAGAAGCAGAUGCUUUUCUACCUGAAUGGACAUCAGCUCCCCCCAGAGAAGCAGGUGUUUUCCUCAGCAACGUCUGGCUUCUUUGCAGCAGCAAGUUUCAUGUCCUACCAACAAUGUGAGUUUAACUUUGGGGCGAAGCCCUUCCGCCAUCCCCCGUCUGUCAAGUUCAGCACCUUCAAUGACUUUGCCUCGCUGGCAUCUGAUGAGAAGAUUAUCCUUCCCAGACACCGGCGCCUGGCCCUGCUCAAGCAGGUGAGCAUCAGAGACAACUGCUGCACCCUCUGCUGUGACCAGAUGGCUGAUACAGAGCUGAGACCCUGCGGACACAGUGGGAUGUGUAUGGAGUGUGCCUUACAGCUGGAGACGUGCCCGCUGUGUCGCCAGGACAUCUUGACACGUGUCAGACUCAUCUCACACGUGUCCUGACACAUCACCUCCAAACCAGGACAUGAACGCUCCUCCCCUCCUCCAAUCAUCUUUAUCCCAGGAAUCAACCCGUGAGGCUGUGCCAGGAUCCCUGAUCGGACCCUGAGCCUAAUGUGAGGAGGGAGUGAUGGGACCUGACAAAGACCUCCAGGAGAGAUACAGUGUGGGGGAUAGUGUAGGGAGAAUAGGACAGGGAGGGGUAACCUUUUCUUCUGCUGCACUCCAUGAAUCGUUCUCUCUGUGAGGAGAUGGGCCCCACACCCUGAGAACAAAAAAGUGCUUGGAGAGUGAGGGGGAAGUGGGAGGAAGACAAUUAGAGACAUUACCAGGCAGCAGCAUUUCCAGAAUCACCCCAUCAAUCUUAAUGUCAUAAACUCACACAGUGUCUGCACAUGGAUCUGCCUAAUGUUCCCUCCCUUAGGCUCUGGUCAAUGUGUCCUGUGUAUCUCUGCUCAGAUGUUUUACAUGUAUCUGUGAUUCUCUUGUUUUAUUCUGACUAUACGUAAAGGCACAACAACAACGAAGAGACAUCCUUGGUUGGCUCAGUUGGCGGUGAUAAUGAUGUUAAGGCCCUGCUCAAUCAUACAAUACUAACUGAGCACAGAUAUGUGUCCAUCUCUCCUCUACUUGAUGCAUUUCUGGGUUGAUUGAAUAACCAUGCUGUUAUAAAAGAGAUUUCAAAUUUAACAAAAUAACUGUUAUUCAAAAUACUAUUAUAUUUGUCUACAAUUAAAACUAAAUUUAAUGAAAUUAAGUUAUUGAAAUCAAAGCUAAUUGGGAUCGUUUUAAACAGUAUAGCAUGACGUGGUUGUGGAAAAUUAUUCAAACAAUCCUAGGAUGUUGUCAGAAGAAACUACACAUUUGGUCAAAGUGUGCAUAUAUGGAGGACCAAUUGUCUCCAGUCCAUUCCAGACAAUUAAUUAGUCAUGGAAGAAAUUAAGAGUUGAAAGUAAAAUUGUAUCUAUGUCUUUAAUGGAGUAGCCCCAGGGGUCACAUGUGAUUUACUGAAUAAUCAUUGUUUUCUGGAUUAUGAUAUUUGUAAUAAAUGUAUUGUGUUGCAUA